GAGGACGACUUCCCAAAUUCCCGAGGAUAGGAGUAGCAAACAUUAGAUUGGAGACCGAAAGUGAAAUAUCGGAGUGUGACAGUGAGAGUGAACACAGCUUUCAAAUGCGCGAUACAGCUUCAGCUCGUGACACAAGCGAUACUUCAUCCAAAUCGGAGUCGGAGUACACUUUAGCCAGUCUGUCCGAAGGAGAAGUUUCUGAAAUAUCAUCUGGACCUGAUGAUGUUUGCAUUGUUGGUGAUUUUGACCAACUAGUUUCUGAUUUUGGAUCAGACAUUUCUGUAGUUGCGGAUCUAUCGGAUUUUUCUGAUAGGUCAACAGAUCCGGAAAUAAGCAAGGCAGAUUAUUGGAAAUGUGUAAGGUGUGGAACAACAAACAAAAAUCCAUGCUUUCGAUUGUGUAUUAGGUGUUUUAGGGAACGAAAAAGUGGUCUGCCUCCUCGUCCUAAGAGUAGAAAAAAUACAUUAUCCCAAGAAAGCAUAUCAAGUUCAAGUACCCUAGAGCAACAAGACAGUGGGCUUGGAUUAAGCCAACAAAGUAGUCCUCCAGAUGUAAGUGAUGCCAGUGAAGCAGCUGGUGAACCUAAGUGCGGUUGUUGUUUUGAGCGUCCGGUGGACUCAAUAUUCCUCCAUGGUGAUGUUGCUCAUCAAAUCUAUUGCUAUAAGUGCUCACAAAGAGUUUGGAAGGAAAGAAAAAGGUGUCCGUGCUGCAAUCGAGUUUCGAAGGUCAUCAAGGUGUACAGGAGCCCCAUGAUUGGUGAGAACUAAUGAGUAUUAAAAAUGAGUAAUUAAUAAGUAAGUUUCAAAAAAAAAAGAAAGGUUUAAUUUCAAAACUGAGAAGAGCUAGGAAGUUUUAAUUCUCUUAUUUACAAUCUCAAAAUCUGUGCUCAAGGCUUUACUUCUAAAUUCUAUGAUUUUAAAUUUGAAAUCUUAAAAUUCUGUUUGGAAUGUUCUUUUGGGUUCCAACUGAAAAUCAUGUAUCAGGUGUAGUAGAUUUUUCUGUGGCUUCACAAUUUUCUUCAAGUGCUGCCUAAGAGAAUUAUAACCCUCCAUCUUUGAUGUUUUCUACCCAAUCUUCCUGAAGAGGUGGUAAGUUUCUGCCCUCUCUGUUUAUUUAGACUACAGGUUCCUAUGAAAUCGGUGCUGAGGGUCAUCUCAUGUUUUUCGUUGUACUAAAUUUUUCAAUCAAGAAAUUUUGAUUGGCAAGUUAAUGUUUAAAGCCAGGUUAAACUUGACUGUCAGGGAGUCUCCCUUUUUUCAGUUUGGGGAAAGUUUGAUUUUUCAAUUUCAAUUGUUGUUUGUAAAUAUGAUCUUGUUAUAUUUUUUUAGGAUCUUCUCAUUGUUUUCCUAGUGCUUUAAACUAAUUAGGGUUUUCCAAUUUAGACAACUCUCUACAUUCUAUUUUAACUAGUAGUUUUUCAAAUAAUUGCCAAUCCCUAUAUCUGAAUCUAUCGUUCAGCCUGGCCCUCUGCAACAUUGCACAACGCGAAACCAGAGGAAAAUUGGUCAAGUUAGUAGCUGCUCAACUUAAUCCGCGUAUUUCAAGCUCUAGUUGAUGACUAUCAAUUUUUCUUUGGUUUUAUUAGCUAUUUCCUUCUUUAUAUUGGACUCUGCUUGACUGAACUGUUAAAGGAAAAGCAUUGUUUCUUUCAUCAGUUUCAUGUUGAGUGAAGAGGUGAUCGCCGCAAUGAUGUAGUAUAUUAACAAAUUUUAUAUUGCCUAGUAAAAUGUAAGUGGUUUACAGGGUAAUUGAAAACCAUUAAUGCUUUCAAUUUUAUAUCGUAAAGUUUGUUGAAAUUGUAUUUCUGUUUUCAAAUAUUCAAUUUAAAGCUGGAAGAUGCAACAAGCUGUCAUUGCUUGCACUCUAGCAUUUUAAAAAUGGGCAAGCAGACUUGUGUAUUCCCACAUCUUGCUCUACAACACAUUCUGUUGGGGCAUGUUGUGAAAAUUUUUAUUUUUUGUAAUGUCUUUUUUUUUAAAGUUUCUCUCUUUCUCUUCCUUUUUUAAAGAAGUUUCACCAAUGGAGCUUGAAGACUUCUGGCUCAUAACUGGUGGAGAUGUUUGCUUAGAUACUUCACAUAUUACCUAUGAUGAUAAAAAAGGAAAGAAAAGAAAAGAAACCUGUUUGUCUUGGUUUGGUUCCUUAAACAGGAUCAAAGUAAACUUCCAACUGAACUUUUCAUGUGAAGUUUAGGUCCUGAAGUCAACUCAAUUAGUUUUUUGGUGUUAUUCGGUUUUGUGUCUCCUAAACUUAGAAAUUUGACAUUGACGGGAGUUGAGACCCCUGUCUUAUUCUAUCAAAGAAUAUGGCAAUUAGGAACUUAGAUGGGUUUGGGGGUUGAUUUGCACUUGUGCCAUAAUCUACACCAAACACACUCAUUAAUAUGACUUUUGCAUUUGAUUUCUUCAAAUGUCUACUUUGAUUUUCUUGAACAUGCACACAUGAUUUCAUUUUAAAAUGACCAAAAUUACCUGGGAUGUAAUGCUGUUAGCAUUGUGGGGUGAAAUUGGUUAUUCUCUAGUCCUUUUAUUGUGUUUAAAACUUUAUUGACGUGUACAGAAGUGUGCUUUAUACACUUUCUUAUAGUACGCUACAUUAUUUUUGUAAACAGCCGCGGAUCGGGUUUGGAGCAUUCGUCUGUACUGAGAAAAAAUAAAUAAAAAAAAGCAACAAAACAAACACUGAGUGUGUACUCAAAAUCAGAGUGCCGCUGUAUGUGACAACAGAUUUAAUAAAUAGGUAUUUAAUCUAA